AUGGCACAGAGUGGAAACGGAGCAGCAUGUGAGAGUGAUGUUACAUCACUUGGUACCGGACAAGAGCUGAAUUUUGAUGAUGACACACUGAAAGGUAAAGAUUCUUACAACUGUUAAUAGUGUAUAACCAAAAGGCCUCUAAUAUAGCAAACUAAGGACAAAUGAAAAAAAAAUUAAAAAAAGACAAAAAACCGUCAUUUGAAAACAUUCAACAUACGGAAGUGGUUAAAGAGUCAAAGUCGACAGUAUCCCUACUAAAAGUGGGUUUUUUAUUUUCUUUUUUUUUUCUAGAUUAGGCUUUUCGUAGAAUUUCUUUUCGAGUUUAUCACGUGUCGCAUAAUGAAUGGUUAUUUUGGUACUAGUGCUUUAUAUACAAGUAAAGAUAGUGUCAAUUUACAGCUUUAUACUAAUUUUUCCAGAUCAAACCAUUAUGGCACAGAGUGGAAACGGAGCAGCAAGUGAGAGUGAUGUUACAUCACAUGGUACCGGACAAGAGCUGAACUUUGAUGAUGACACACUAAAAGGUAAAGAUUCUUACAACUGUUAAUACUGUAUCACCAGAAAGCCUUAAAGAUUAUAAACUAAGGACAGAUGAAAUAGAAUAUACAAAAAAGACAAAAAACCGUCAUUUGAAAUUAUUCAACAAACGGAAGUGGUUAACGAGGCAAAGUCGUUAAACAGUAUCUCUACUGAAGGUGUUUUUUUUUUAUUUUUUAUCUAGAUUAGGCUUUUCGUAGAGUUUGCGAUCGAGUUUAUUACUUGUGGCAUAAUGAAUGGAUGUUUUGGUACUAGUGCUUUAUAUGCAAGUAAAGAUAGUGUCAAUUUACAGCUUUAUACUGAUUUUUCCAGAUCAAACUAUUAUGGCACAGGUUGGAAACGGAGCAGUAAGUAAGAGUGAUGUUACAUCACAUGGUACCGGACAAGAGCUGAACUUCGACGAUGACACACUAAAAGGUAACGAUUCUUACAACUGUUAAUACUGUAUCACCAGAAGGCCUUAAAAAUUACAAACUAAGGACAGAUGAAAUAUCAUAUACAAAAAAGACAAAAAACCGUCAUUUGAAAUUAUUCAACAAUCGGAAAUGGUUAAAGAGGCAAAGUCGUUAAAUAGUAUGUCUACUGAAGGUAGUUUUUUCAUUUUUUAUUUAGAUUAGGCUUUUCGUAGAAUUUGUGGUCGAGUUUAACACUUGUGGCCUAAUGAAUAUAUGUUUUGGUACUGGUGCUUUAUAUACAAGUGAAGAUAAUGUCAAUUUAUAGCUUUAUACUGAUUUUUCAGAUCAAACCAUUAUGGCACAGAGUGGAAAAGGAGCAGCAUGUGAGAGUGAUGUUACAUCACAUGGUACCGGACAAGAGCUGAACUUUGAUGAUAGCACACCGAAAGGUAAAGAUUCUUACAACUGUUAAUAGUGUUUCACCAAAAGGCCUUUAAUAUAGCAAACUAAGGACAAAUGAAAAAAAAUUUUAAAAAAAGACAAAAAACCGUCAUUUGAAAACAUUCAACAUACGGAAGUGGUUAAAGAGUCAAAGUCGACAGUAUCUCUACUAAAGGUGGGUUUUUCAUUUUCUUUUUUUCUUUUUUUCUAGAUUAGGCUUUUCGUAGAAUUUCUUUUUGAGUUUAUCACGUGUGGCAUAAUGAAUGGUUAUUUUGGUACUAGUGCUUUAUAUACAAGUAAAGAUAGUGUCAAUUUACAGCUUUAUACUGAUUUUUCCAGAUCAAACUAUUAUGGCACAGAGUGGAAACGGAGCAGCAAUUGAGAGUGAUGUUACAUCACAUGGUACCGGACAAGAGCUGAACUUUGAUGAUGACACACUGAAAGGUAAAGAUUCUUACAACUGUUAAUAGUGUAUCACCAAAAGGCCUUUAACAUGAGAAAUUUAUGGAGAAAUGAAAUAAAAGAUACAGAAAGGAAAAAACCGUCAUUUGAUAACAUUCAACAUUUGAUACAUGAAGACUGAAAGUAGUUAAACAUUAUCUCCACUGAAGGUUAUUUUCAUUUUUUAUCUAAUAUUAGUUAAUACUAGUUAAUACUAGUUAAUAUUAAUUUAAAGCUUUUUACCGAUUUUUCCAGAUCAAACCAUUAUGGCACAGAGUGGAAACGGAGCAGCAUGUGAGAGUGAUGUUACAUCACAUGGUACCGGACAAGAGCUGAACUUUGAUGAUGACACACUGAAAGGUAAAGAUUCUUACAACUGUUAAUAGUGUAUCACCAAAAGGCCUUUAACAUGAGAAAUUUAUGGAGAAAUGAAAUAAAAGAUACAGAAAGGAAAAAACCGUCAUUUGAUAACAUUCAACAUUUGAUACAUGAAGACUAAAAGUAGUUAAACAUUAUCUCCACUGAAGGUUAUUUCUAUUUUUUAUCUAAUGUUAGUUAAUAGUAGUUAAUAGUAGUUAAUAUUAAUUUAAAGCUUUUUGCCGAUUUUUCCAGAUGAAACCAUUAUGGCACAGGGUGGAAACGGAGCAGCAUGUGAGAGUGAUGUUACAUCACUUGGUACCGGACAAGAGCUGAAUUUUGUAUAUGGCACACUGAAAGGUAACGAUUCUUACAACUGUUAAUAGUGUAUCACCAAAAGGCCUUUAAUAUAGCAAACUAAGGACAAAUGAAAAAAAAUUUAAAAAAAGACAAAAAACUGUCAUUUGAAAACAUUGAACAUACGGAAGUGGUUAAAGAGUCAAAGUCGACAGUAUCUCUACUAAAGGUGGUUUUUCAUUUUUUUUUUUUUAUCUAGAUUAGGCUUUCCGUAGAAUUUGUGGUCGAGUUUAUCACUUGUGGCAUAAUGAAUGGCUGUUUUGGUACUAGUGCUUUAUAUACAAGUGAAGAUAAUGUCAAUUUAUAGCUUUAUACUGAUUUUCCAGAUCAAACCAUUAUGGCACAGAGUGGAAACGGAGCAGCAAGUGAGAGUGAUGUUACAUCACAUGGUACCGGACAAGAGCUGAACUUUGAUGAUGACACACUGAAAGGUAAAGUUUCUUACAACUGUUAAUAGUGUAUCACCAAAAGGCCUUUAACAUGAGAAAUUUAAGGAGAAAUGAAAUAAAAGAUACAGAAAGGAAAAAGCCGUCAUUUGAUAACAUUUAACAUUUGAUACAUGAAGACUGAAAGUAGUUAAACAUUAUCUCCACUGAAGGUGUUUUUUUUUUCUAAUAUUAGUUAAUACUAAUUAAUAGUAGUUAAUAUUAAUUUAAAGCUUUUUGCCGAUUUUUCCAGAUCAAACCAUUAUGGCACAGGGUGGAAACGGAGCAGCAUGUGAGAGUGAUGUUACAUCACUUGGUACCGGACAAGGGCUGAAUUUUGAUGAUAACACAGUGAAAGGUAAAGAUUCUUACAACUGCUAAUAGUGUAUCACCAAAAGACCUUUAAUAUAGCGAACUAACGACAAAAAAAAAAUAUACAAAACUGACAAAAAAUCCUCAUUUGAAAACAUUCAACAUACGGAAGUGGUUAAAGAGUCAAAGUCGUUAAACAGUAUCUCUACUGAAGGUGGUUUUUUCAUUUUUUAUCUAGAUUAGGCUUUUCCUAGAAUCAGUUGUGGUCGAUUUUACCUCUUGUAGCAAAAUGAAUGGCUGUGUUGUUACUAGUGCUUUAUAUACAAGUGAAGAUAAUGUCAAUUUAUAGCUUUAUACUGAUUUUUCCAGGUCAAACCAUUAUGGCACAGAGUGGAAACGGAGCAGCAAGUGAGGGUGAUGUAACAUCACUUAGUACCGAACAAGAACUGAACUUUGAUGAUGACACACUGAAAGGUAAAGAUUCUUACAACGGUUAAUAGCGUAUCACCAAAAGGCCUUUAACAUAAAAAUUUAAGGAGAAAUGAAAUAAAAGAUACGGAAAGGAAAAAAACCGUCAUUUGAUAAGAUUCAACAUACAUAAAGACGGAAAGUCGUUAAACAUUAUCUCCACUGAAGGUGGUUUUUAUUUUUUAUCUAGAUUAAAUAAACUUUUUCUAAAAUUUGUGAUUGACGAAUUCCUUUACUGUAUUGCUGAUUCACCGUUACAUAUAGCCCUGCAUUAGCUCCCGCCAAGUAUGAUUCCUAUUUUCCCGCCAACCCGAAAGAUGCACACGCACCGCAUAACGGUUUAUUAGUGUGAGCUACAACUUUUUAAUGCAUUUUCAGAAUUUUUAGUAUUUUUAACAUCAGAAAGUGAGGAACGGAACGACCAAAUUUGCCCCUAUUUCACAAGUCUGUAACUAAUGUCAUGAUCACCCGCAUCGGAUGAGUUAACAAGUGACAGCAUUUGUCUAAAGGAGGAAUAAAUGAUCUCUGUCGUAUUUUUGGUUUUAAUCUGUAGCAAAGAGACGAAGAUGGAAAUGAACACACUCAAAAAUUGCACACGAUAGUCUGUAUUGUACUCUUACCUUUUGUACCCACAAUUAUAAUUUACCAUUUUAUUUUUUUAUACCAUAGCAAGUUUCGUUCCCAAGGGGUAUUCCGGAUUUCAAGAGACGUGGAUGACCGAAUGGGGGCAAAAAUCAAAACCCCCAAACUUCACUGCACCAAAAAUUAUCCCCCCAAAAAAUCCUAUACAGAGCUGCUCACCAACAAUAUUAUUCAGUUAAAAUGAAGCCAACUGAGAAAAUACUUCCCAAAUGUUUCCUAUCCCAAAAGAAUCCCGGAAUUGAAAAUUUUAAACCCAAAAAAUUCUUUUAUCAUCGCCAUCACUUGAAAUCCGAAGUACCUCCACUGGGGUUUCGUUCCACCCUAAAUUUCUUAUUCGAAAGUUUUGCUUAUCACGUACUUCAUAACUGCAAAACAGAUUGUCGAAUACGAAGCAGAAUCAGAGAGACCUAUAAGUCAAAAGGAAAGAAUCACGAAUGGGAAAAGAACCAAGUAUCCUCUAUUUUUUGAAAACCGAAAUACACAGUCAACUGGAAAACGAAGCGCCCUCAACCCCGGUGAAAGGGCCUGCAAUAAACCCAAUGAUAUUGUGUUAGUUCUAAACAUGCGGAAUUUUUUGUUAUUUGCUGGGCGAUUUUAGCAUGGUUUAAGUUGUCGAAUUUGUCGAUUUUUCUUCGCUGUGUUACGGAGUUCGGUAUACCACUAGCCGCUCCAAUCUUAAUUUUUUAGCAUGCGUAUACUUCUACUACAAGACCGGCUUCGAUAGUGUGAUAUCGUGCCCAGUUGUGGUAGUAUAAAGAGUUUCACUUUAGUGCUAAACAAUAUUCCCAUGGUAAUUUGUUAUGCGGUUGAAGACCCUCGUUGUACCCAUCAACAGAAACGUUUAGAAAGGUUGCAUUUAUAUUCAUGGAUGACGAAAUCCUAUGGUGCAACCACAGCACCUUCACAUGGUACCAUUUAUUAUAAUUAUUAACAUUAUGAUUAUGAUGAUGAUGUUGAUGAUGAUGAUGAUCAUUAUUAUUAAUUGAAAAGGUUAUUUCAGUGUUAAUCCAAUCUUAAGUUUUGGUAGUUUUUUAGGGAAAAAAAGUGCUGUUGUCAAUGUGGUCAUAGCCCCCAAAUAUCUUCAAGUAGCAAACGGGAUUUAUCUAAUUAACAAUGUUUUUAUCACAAACUUUUAUCAACAAGGUAUCACUGAUCAAUAACGAAAGCUGUUGCAAAUUAUGACUAUUAUCUCCCAUGAGUUCUAUGAAUCUGCAAGUAAACUUAACCGAGUUUCACUUGCACGAAAAUGAGACCUUAUGUUUUACAAGCCACAUUCUAAUGACAGCCCAUUGCUGCAAUUGACUCCUGAUUCUGUUUUCAAAUAUGGUUCUGUCACGUGUUACGGAAGUCCCAUUGUAACUCCAUGCUACUACUAAGUCGAUUAACAAAAAAAAUAACUGAAAAAAAAACAUGGCUCUGAAUCUGAAGAUGAAUCAGCUUACAAGGUUGUCGAAACGUAAGUUCGCGAUGGUCGGUUACUAGGGUGACGUGAGCGAGUGGGCCACUGAAAUUCUGAAAAGAAGUUUCAUGUCUUGAUUGAAAGCGUAAUGGAAAACUGAAUUAGAGUACAUGUACUGUCCUGUUCUAUGAAAAUGACUUCACCGCGAAUUUCAUGACUGCCUGCCACAUAAUUUCAAUGGAUUUGUUUCAAUGAAAUGUGCGUUUACCACUUGUGGCAAAAUGGAUGGUUGUUUUGGUAAUAAUGCUUAUACAAGUGAAGAUAAUAUCAAUUUAAAGCUUUUUACUGAUUUUUCCAGAUCAAACCAUUAUGGCACAGAGUGGAAACGGAGCAGCAAGUGAGAGUGAUGUUACAUCACAU